AUGAUGCUGGUGUAUUCUCUGUUACUACUAUUCACUAUUUUCUACUUUGAUGCAUCUUCUUCAUUGAUCUUGGAACAUACACUGAAUAGGAAUCAAUCAUAUAAGGACUGUUUCCGCUUACCAAAUGCGUUAAACAAGUUAGAUGAUCAUCUGCAUUUUUGUCUUCGUACAGAUGAUCAACAGACUGUCUCACAAUCCGAUACUUGUUAUAAAAGCAAUCAGAUCACGUUUGAGCAGCUGAAAGAAGCCAGCGUGAAUGUUAGUGAUUUAUUCCUAUGGCAGAUACCAGUGGAUAUUGUCGAUAUUUACAGUGCAUUCUUGAAGGGUACGAUUCUUGAUAAUCAAGUUCAAUAUAUUUGUAAUUGUUCAUCUUCCACUACCUUUGGUCGUUAUUGUGAAUAUUCGUUUGAAGAAGGUAUUGGUACAAUAGAAGACCUGUUCAACUCGUCCAGUAACGGAAAGAAAACAUUGUAUCCAGUGAAACGUUUAUUACCAUGUUAUGACCUGAUCAACAACAAAGAACGAUGCAUCGAUUAUCGAGAUAUCUGCGAUGGAGAAUGGGAUACGAAGAGUGGUGAGGAUGAACUUCAUUGCGAACUGAUUGAAAUAAACACCUGCGCUGAUCAUGAAUUUCGAUGUCGUACUGGCCUAUGUAUUGAUCGUGAAUUUUUAUUCGAUGGUCAAGCUGAUUGUCCUGAUCUAAGUGAUGAACAACGAAAUCUUCUCUUUGAAAGAUAUGGUGACUUUCGACAUUGCUACGAACAAGCCACUUUUGAUUGUGAUGAACGUUGGUGUGGACGUGAAUGGUUAUCUUGUGGCGACGGCGAGUGUAUUGCCUGGAAUCGACGAUUUUGGAAUGGAUUUGACUGUAGUAAUUCUUAUACACAUGUGUACAACUGUGAAUUGGAAGAACGUCAUGGAAAAAGCAUUGAAUUUUGUCUUACGGAUGACAAUGGUCGAUGUCAGCCAAACAUUAUCGAAUCGAAUACAAUUGAUGAUCGUUGUAGGACGGUGAUCAAAUGUGCUUUGACUUUGCAUCCCACUUGCACCACACUCGGUAUGCUUUUUAAGACAUAUGAGAAAGCCAUUAGUCAGAUCCAUAUUUUAUGCCAAAAUCGAACUCAAAUUGUUUACGCAUCGGGUAUUCAUUUUUUGUCACCUUUUAUCCGUGCACAUUACACGAUUCGUCAAUUUCAAACAAGUAAUAGCGAUUUUUUUGCUUUGAUGAAAAUGCGUCAACCUGGACAAUUUUGUUUAGUUGGGGAAUAUACUUGUCAAGGUGUUAAAAUCGAUACUAUUGUUCGAUCAAUGGUGUCAGAUCGUCAGCAGUCAUGCGCUAUUUUCUCGGUAAAUAUUUCUCGAUUUCGAUUCUGUUGUCAAUUGCAUAGUCAUUUAACAUUUUUAUUUGCAGGAGAUGGAUGGAGUCAGUGUCCCAAUGGAACGGACGAGAUGAGUCUUUCUGUGAAUUGGCAACAGAAAAAAUGUCGGCAGCCUGAAGAUUUGGCCUGUUCUAUUUUACGUGGUUUAUAUGAUACGGACAACGAAAAACAGUCGACAUAUAUUUUACCAUUUGCAAGUUUAUGUGAUUCGAUUUGGGAUUUAAGAAAUGGCUCCGAUGAGACAGAUUGCGAAGAAUGGGUAUGCGAAGACGGUUGGAUCAAACAGUACACAAAGAACAGUCGAUGGAGUGGAAAUUGCAUCAAUCCACAAUGGAAAUGUAAUCACGCCUGGGAUUAUGCAGAUGGGAGUGAUGAAUUUCAUUGUAAUGGAACGGACAAAUAUCCUGUGCCGGAAUGUCUUCUGUUGGCCACAGGUCAACGAAUUCGAUUGAAUGAAAGUAAUGAAAUUGCUGGUAAUGGAAAGGUUGAAUGUUCUGGUGGAAUUGACGAGCGUGUGACAUUUGCUUGUACCGAAGGCUUUCCGCUGAAUGAACGAUUUUUGUGCAACGAUCAAGCGAAAUGUCUUCCUCCAAAACUUCUCUGUGAUCAUGUUCCCGACUGUUCUGAGGGUGAAGAUGAGUCUGAAUUUUGGUGUGGAGCAGGUUUUCCCUCGAUGACAAAUACAUGUGCUGCGCGUACUUUUGCUUGUCAGGAGCGAAAUGAUUCUGGUCCGUGUAUCCCGAACGAAAAUCGAUGUAAUACUGGAAAUAUUGAUUGUCAAAUCUCCUCUCGCGAUGAAAUGAUGUGUAUCAAAGCACGUGAUGAACCACCUAUCAAAUCUAGACCAUUUAUGCUACCCACAUUACCACGUACUUUUCACACUGGUAUCUCUCCAUGGUACUGUGAUCGGGGUUUAGUCGUCUUUCGUUACAAUCAAUUAGCGUGUCUUUGUCCUCCUAGUUUUUUUGGCCAGCGAUGUGAAAAACAUAGUCACCGAUUGACAGUGGUUUUCACAGUGAAGAUCGAUGAUCCGAUUAACACGGAUGUCCUUCGCAUUAGUCUUGUGUUAAUAAAAGCGAAUCAAAGUAUUGAUCACAUGGUCGUCACUCAGCAUCUAUCCUUCACUGGCAAACAUCGACUCUAUCUAAACUAUCCUCGAUCUUUGUAUAGUGAUUUACGACAAUUGUCAAACAACUAUCGAGUGCAAUUUCGUUUGUACGCAGCCAAUACCAGUUUCGUAGAACUCUUGUCUCUCAAGGAAUAUCCUGUAAAAUUCUCCUUUCACCCUGCAUUUCGUCUGGCCGUUGUCUUGCGAUACGAAGAAAGUAGGCGCAUGUGCGGAAAUUUCGAUGAAGAUGGAUUGGAACUUCCUACUCCCUGUGCACCCGGUAGCCAUCGAUUAAGAUUUAAUGGUGAGCAUCUUGCUUGCGUUUGUCCGUCCGAACAUUAUGGACCCACUUGUCAUCUGAAAAGCCAAUCUUGUCAAGUGCAUUUCUGCCAAAACGAAGGCACUUGUAUCUCGUAUACAAAUGAUUUUCAUCAGACCGAAUUUCGUUGUUCAUGUUCAGAAAAUCAUUUUGGAGAACAAUGUGAAUACACCAAGGCAUCGUUGUUAUUGAGUUUUAGUAAUAAAACUGUUCAAUCGUCAUCGAUAUAUAUUGUUCAAUUGAUUGAUUAUGAUUCGACGAAAAUGCAAUUUCACAUCAAACGUCAACAUCUAAUGCUACGCCAUAUUGAACAUUUAUUUUAUGACGAUUUUCAACUUCCUCCUAUUGGAUUAGUAAAAGUGCAUGAAACUGACCAGACACAAGUCUAUCUAAUGUAUCUUGGUCAUAAUUAUUCGAAAUUGCAUUUAGAAGAGCAGAAUAAAGUGAGAUGUGCUCAUGUGAAAGAAUUCAAUUUAAUUCCGAAGAAUUAUUCUACGGCAGCAUUAUUAUCUGUAAUGAAGCGAUAUCAUCGACCGUGUCAAAUGUCAAACAAUCAGAGCAUUCUCUGUUUUUAUGACCCUCUGAUCUAUUUUUGUUUUUGUAAUACAACAAUACGACGAUCAGUAUGUUUCUUCUAUGAUUUUGAAUUUGAUCGUUGUGAUCAUUGUCUGAAUGGGGGACAAUGCUAUGCUGGUGAACAAAAAAGUAAUAGAAAAGAUUUUCUUUGUCGCUGUCCAACAUGUGUGUAUGGUUCAUUGUGUGAACUCCGUAUGGAUCGUUUGAGUUUCUCCUUUGAAUCAUUGUUAAUGUUAGAUACCAAUCAACCUCAUUCAACCUAUACUAUUUGGAUCUAUGUAACCAUCACUGCAUUUAUGGCAAUAAUGGGUCUAUUGAGCAAUCUUUUCACUCAUUUGAAUUUAGUUUCGAAUCAGAGUAGUCUCACAAUUAUUCCUCGCUAUAUUCGUUUAACAGCAUUUACUAAUCAAAUGACAUUGACCUGUCUUCUACUACAAAUUCUUUAUGUGAUUCUAAAUCAAUAUCAGAUUUUGAAUCACUCACGAAUCAAUACAAUACUCUGUAGAUCAGCGUCUUAUCUUUUGAAUUGCUUUGCUUAUACAAGUAAAUGUUAUACUACUCUUUUGUCUAUCAAUCGUGCUUGGAGUGUUCGUCAACUACGUAUUAUUCGAAUGUAUUCUUCUAGGCAAUUAAUUUGGCCAGUGGUAAUCGUCGUGAUCAUUUUUAUCUUAAACGGAACGGAAGUUAUGUUUCAUCGUCUUAUUAAUGAUCCGCGCAGAUCAAACCGUCUCAUAUGUACAGUUGAAUAUACUGAGUCAAUCUGGCGUAUUACAGAAAUGGUCUUUCGUUUUAUAAUUCAUCUCUUACCAUUCAUUCUGAAUAUGUUUGCGGUAACGAUCAUUAUACGCACAAUCGCUCAAAGUAAAGCGAACAUUCAUCAAUCAAGAUUUGUCUCGGAGAUUUGGAAACAAAUCAAACAAUAUCAUGAACAAUUAUUCUGUCCAGUUCUGAUGAUCAUUUGUUCAACACCACAACUCUUGAUGACGAUGAUUAUGAAAUGUUUUCAAUGGGAUAAUGUUCAUUAUCGAACAUUGAUGAUUGUCAUGCAUUUUAUCUCUUUUAUUCCACAAGUGUUUACAUACUAUCUCUUCGUCCAUUCAUCAAAAACUUACAAAAAAUCUCUUGCCACUACCCAGCUUCAUCAAAUACUUUCGACUACUGAUCGCUAUUCCUAAUUUCGCGUCACUUAGUUUGCAAUCCAUUCUUGCUUUCAAUCUUCGAAAUAAAAAUUUCAUAGCAUCAUGACCAUGCAAUCUGUGAUGAUGUUAUUUGUUGCACUAAAAUAUCUAGUUUUAUUGAGAUCAGAUAUUCGUUAAUUUUUUCGAAAAUGAUACAUUUGAUCGCUUGUUAUUUAAGUGUCGAAUUCUGCCACUAAAGUUUAUUCUUGACAGGGUGUGGAUGCAGGUUUGAGUAUGGAUGUGUGAACAGAAGUCUUCUUUUCUCAGAAAUAUUCGCACUCACACUCCCACCGACACCCAUACUCUCAAACACAUAAGAUAUAUUAAAUGUUAUUUUAUUCGUGUGUUGCAGGAAUUAAUUAUUUUUUAUUCAACUAUGAUAAUCAAAUAAAAUACAUCUCCAAUGACUAACUAAUCUCUAGAAAACUAGAUACACAUCAAUAAUAGCAACAAUUCAGGAAAAGAAAGUAUAUAUUUUAUCUUAUUAAGUAAAGUACCAUGCUAUUCCUCUACAUGAUACUCCUUUUGUAUGUGAACAGUUUUUGUUAUAUUUUUGAAUACCCACAAUAAUCAAAAUAAGGAAAAUAAUGAGUAAGAUAAUAAUAAGAGUAGGUACACCAUAGCGGACGAUGCAUUCUUCAGUACAACAAUUUUCUCUUGUUUGAGACGUUUUUAAAUUUUGUUCAGUAGUUUCAGAUGUUGGUUUUCCACUCUCAUCAAUUAAUGAUAAAGUAACUUGUUGAUUUUUAACGUCGUCGCACAUUUGUACGAAUAAUGUCAGCCUUGAGAACAUGUUAAAAUGAAAAAUUUAUACAACUGACUAAUGAAUACUCAUAUUACUUGGUGAAUAUUUACAUAGAUAUUUUAUAUAAUGAUCUGUAGUUAUGCUUUUACUGUAUUCUCUCGUUCCAGUCACGUUAUUAUGAUUCUAAGUAUUAAUUAAUUCAAAUUCCAUAACUACAUUUGUUAUUCAUUAUAUUUUGUGACUAAUUCAUUCUUAAGAGAGGUGUGUAUUCUUUACUAUCUAACGUUUUUCUGUUCGUUAAAUAUCGUUAAUCCUAGACAUUGUACAUGUUUUUACAUACACUGUCUCAAAAAGAUAUUUCAUCUUAAAACAAUAUAUUCUCUUGCAAAGUUUAACUAAAUUAUUUUAAUACGAACAAAAAACUUCGAUUUGUUCGUUUCACUCAUCAAUGUAUAUGUCGUAUCAAAGU